AUGGCUGCUCAGUGAGUAUGACAGCAGUCAGUGUGAUUAUGGGGGUACAGCAGGCUGCUCAGGGAGUAUGACAGCAGUCAGUGUGAUUAUGGGGGUACAGCAGGGCUGCUCAGUGAGUAUGACAGCAGUCAGUGUGAUUAUUGGGGUACAGACAGCAGUCAGUGUGAUUAUUGGGGUACAGACAACAGUCAGUGUGAUUAUUGGGGUACAGCAGGGCUGCUCAGUGAGUAUGACAGCAGUCAGUGUGAUUAUUGGGGUACAGACAGCAGUCAGUGUGAUUAUUGGGGUACAGCAGGGCUGCUCAGUGAGUAUGACAGCAGUCAGUGUGAUUAUUGGGGUACAGCAGGGCUGCUCAGUGAGUAUGACAGCAGUCAGUGUGAUUAUUGGGGUACAGCAGGGCUGCUCAGUGAGUAUGACAGCAGUCAGUGUGAUUAUGGGGGUACAGCAGGGUUGCUCAGUGAGUAUGACAGCAGUCAGUGUGAUUAUGGGGGUACAGCAGGGCUGCUCAGUGAGUAUGACAGCAGUCAGUGUGAUUAUGGGGGUACAGCAGGGCUGCUCAGUGAGUAUGACAGCAGUCAGUGUGAUUAUUGGGGUACAGACAGCAGUCAGUGUGAUUAUUGGGGUACAGACAACAGUCAGUGUGAUUAUUGGGGUACAGCAGGGCUGCUCAGUGAGUAUGACAGCAGUCAGUGUGAUUAUUGGGGUACAGACAGCAGUCAGUGUGAUUAUUGGGGUACAGCAGGGCUGCUCAGUGAGUAUGACAGCAGUCAGUGUGAUUAUGGGGGUGUAGCAGGGCUGCUCAGUGAGGAUGACAGCAGUCAGUGUGAUUAUGGGGGUGCAGCAGGGCUGCUCAGUGAGUAUAACAGCAGUCAGUGUGAUUAUUGGGGUGCAGCAGGGCUGCUCAGUGAGUAUGACAGCAGUCAGUGUGAUUAUGGGGGUGCAGCAGGGCUGCUCAGUGAGUAUGACAGCAGUCAGUGUGAUUAUGGGGGUACAGCAGGGCUGCUCAGUGAGUAUGACAGCAGUCAGUGUGAUUAUGGGGGUGCAGCAGGGCUGCUCAGUGAGUAUGACAGCAGUCAGUGUGAUUAUUGGGGUGCAGCAGGGCUGCUCAGUGAGUAUGACAGCAGUCAGUGUGAUUAUGGGGGUGCAGCAGGGCUGCUCAGUGAGUAUGACAGCAGUCAGUGUGAUCAGUGUGAUUAUGGGGGUACAGCAGGGCUGCUCAGUGAGUAUGACAGCAGUCAGUGUGAUUAUGGGGGUGCAGCAGGGCUGCUCAGUGAGUAUGACAGCAGUCAGUGUGAUUAUGGGGGUGCAGCAGGGCUGCUCAGUGAGGAUGACAGCAGUCAGUGUGAUUAUGGGGGUGCAGCAGGGCUGCUCAGUGAGGAUGACAGCAGUCAGUGUGAUUAUGGGGGUUCAGCAGGGCUGCUCAGUGAGUAUGACAGCAGUCAGUGUGAUUAUGGGGGUGCAGCAGGGCUGCUCAGUGAGUAUGACAGCAGUCAGUGUGAUUAUGGGGGUGCAGCAGGGCUGCUCAGUGAGUAUGACAGCAGUCAGUGUGAUUAUGGGGGUGCAGCAGGGCUGCUCAGUGAGGAUGACAGCAGUCAGUGUGAUUAUGGGGGUGCAGCAGGGCUGCUCAGUGAGGAUGACAGCAGUCAGUGUGAUUAUGGGGGUACAGCAGGGCUGCUCAGUGAGUAUGACAGCAGUCAGUGUGAUUAUGGGGGUGCAGCAGGGCUGCUCAGUGAGUAUAACAGCAGUCAGUGUGAUUAUUGGGGUGCAGCAGGGCUGCUCAGUGAGUAUGACAGCAGUCAGUGUGAUUAUGGGGGUGCAGCAGGGCUGCUCAGUGAGUAUGACAGCAGUCAGUGUGAUUAUGGGGGUACAGCAGGGCUGCUCAGUGAGUAUGACAGCAGUCAGUGUGAUUAUGGGGGUGCAGCAGGGCUGCUCAGUGAGUAUGACAGCAGUCAGUGUGAUUAUGGGGGUGCAGCAGGGCUGCUCAGUGAGGAUGACAGCAGUCAGUGUGAUUAUGGGGGUGCAGCAGGGCUGCUCAGUGAGGAUGACAGCAGUCAGUGUGAUUGUGGGGGUGCAGCAGGGCUGCUCAGUGAGUAUGACAGCAGUCAGUGUGAUUAUGGGGGUACAGCAGGGCUGCUCAGUGAGUAUGACAGCAGUCAGUGUGAUUAUGGGGGUUCAGCAGGGCUGCUCAAUGAGUGA